AUGAAUUAAGGCUUUUUCACUUAAUGGAUUCCCUCAAAGCUUCAACAAACUUCUGAAAAACGUUCUGUAUCAAUCUACGUAGAUACUAGCUAUACAAGUUAAAUUACAAUUGACAUCAAAUAAAACAUGCUUGUAGGUGAUCUUUUGUAAUACAUUCAUGGGGAUGAUGAUAAAUAAGACUUACAUCUUGUUUUGAUCUAUUCUUCUGUAUAAAGAAGACUAUGGGAUUAUGAGAAAGUAGAAGACGUUUUGCAUAAUAAUAAUAGCAAGUUUGUUUUCUGCAAUUUUUCGAAAAAAUAACAAACAUAAGGGCAAAAGUAUCCUAGAUAUUUUGAUGAUAAUUUUAAGGCCUAUGGAAAACUUUUAAAAAAGAAUAAAUUAGGCGUAUAUGUUGCAACAUAAGUUUAUUUGUCUCAAACAUACUUUGGAUUUAAGAACGAAAAAAAAGAGAAAAUAAAAUUAAGCAGUUUAGAUAAUGUUAAACUUUUCACUUGGUAGAAUAGCACUAAAUUUGAUUUCUAAAUUGAAAAUGAAAGAAAAUUAUACUUUUUCUAAGCACUAAAAGAAAUUGACUUUCAAUAUUGGAUAAGGAGUAUUUAAGAGUCUUUAGGCGAAGCCAAAUAUCGAUCUGUGAUACAUGAUCUAGAUGUCAAAGUUUAAAUAGCCACAAGGAAUCAAAUAAAUAGAAUUGAGGAAUUUGCAUAGGGUUCUCUUUAGUAAAUUAAAAUUAGCGGAGAUUAUUUAAAACAGCUAAAAUCCUAAAUUACUGAUAUAUGUGAUGUCAAUAUCAUUGAAUUUAUUUUAACAAAAAAUUAAGAUUUAAUUGUAGAAAUUAUAAAAUAAAUCGAAAAUGAUACUUAUCAUUUAAUUAAGCCUUUAGAGUCUUAACCUUAAGUAGAGCCUUUAAGAAUUUUUACUUCAAGAUAUCAUUCAAUAUUGCAUAAAAAUUUGGAUUUGGAUUAGUUAUUUGAAGAACUAAAUGAGGAUAUCAAUUAAGCUUAUUUAGGUUUCUUAAAAAUCUAAAAGAUAAGAACUAAAAUAGUUCAAUAAGCUAGAGUAUAAUUUAAAGAGUAGUUUCCACAAUUUAAUCCCACUUUUGAUUAAUUUUAUAAUUGA